AUGGAAGACUUGUACGAGAUACUAGAAGUGAGCUCUAGUGCCACGGAUGUUGAAAUAAAGAAAGCAUUUAGAAAACUUGCAUUGAAAUAUCAUCCUGAUAAAGCAUCGGAAGAAGAUCGAGAAGAGUCAGAGAUUCAUUUCAAGAAAAUUUCAUUUGCAUACGAAGUCUUGAUUGACGAGGAAAAACGUCAUAAUUAUGAUCUUUACGGUACCACUGAUAGCAAUGGUGGUCCUGGCCACUAUGACUUCACAGGAAACCCAUUUGAACAAUUUUAUGGAGGUGGCGAUUACAAUGGAUACGGAGGCAACGAUUUUUAUGACUUUUUUAAUGGGAUGAAUGGAGAACAAUCGAGCCAACAGAAUAGUAGGCGAACAGAAGAUGCUAUCUUGAAUGUGGAAGUAACAUUAGAGGAACUCUAUAUUGGCAAAGUGGUACGAUCCACCUCCACAAGGAAUAUUAUUUGUUUUCAAUGCAAAGGUAAAGGAGUUAAAUCAGCUAGUGCAGUGAGUAAGCCAUGUGGAAUCUGUCACGGAGAAGGAUACACUCGAAAAAUAAAACGAGUUGCUCCUGGAUUUGUGGCUCAAGAAUAUGUUGAUUGUUCAACGUGUAAUGCAACGGGGAAAAUAUAUCGUACAAAGGAUAGAUGCAAAUUAUGUAAAGGCUCAAGAGUUUGUGAGGAGACAAAAAUUUUGGAAUUUGAUAUACCAAAGGGCUCUCCUAAUGAAGGGACCGUAGUUAAAAAAGGUGAAAGUGACGAGUAUCCCGGUAAAAUUGCAGGUGACAUUAUCCUAAAAUAUACUUGUAAAAAGCAUGAAACGUUUGAAAGAAGAGGCGAUGAUCUAUAUAUGCUGCUAAAGAUACCAUUGGCUGACGCACUUGCAGGUUUUUCGAAAGUAGUGGCGUCACAUUUAGAUGGACGCGGAGUCAAAGUGGUUACACCAAGGGGGAAAGUGAUUAGACCUGGUGACUACAUCAAAAUCGAAGGUGAGGGAAUGCCCAAAUCCGGAAAAAAAUCUUGGUUUUCAAGGAGUGAUGGUAAAGGUGAUUUAUACAUCAAGGUGGAUAUUGAAUUCCCUAGUGAUAACUGGUAUCUUGAAAAGAACGACUUGAUAACGAUUAGAAAUAUUUUACCCACCAAUCUAAAGGACAGAGCACAUGAAGUAUCAGUACCCGAACCGAACGUUGAGUUGUUUACUGAUUUUUCAAUUGUUACAUCACUGGAUUUACCUGACUAUAGGGACCACAACUCCACCAAUCAAGGAAAUGGUGCGUAUGAACAGGGACCUCAAUGUACUCAACAGUAG